GGCAACCGAGCAGCACAGUUCAGCACUACCACCUCCACCUCCGGCAGCAGCAACAGCACCACUACCCUACUCACACAAGAGGGAAUACAGAGAGAGGAGCCGGGGAGUGUGCUCAGGGGGAGUUAGGGAAAGAGAGAGGGGAGGACUAGUUAAUCAACAAACCAGGUGGUGAAGAGAGGCAAGCUGUGGAGGCUGUGAAGUAGUAGCAGAAGAGAGAGAGGGAUAGAGAGAUAGAUAACACACGCCAUUCAUUCAGCUUGUAAACACAGAAACAUAGAGAGAGAGUGAGGAUAAGAGUGGAGUAGUUAUUGCUGUUGUUGGUGUUUUUUUAUUUUAUUUAAGGCAAGUUAUAUCUCUAAUAAGCUCUGCUGUUACAGCUUUUACCUGCUGCACUUUUAGAGCCCCCUGGAAUGAGAGAACUUAGUCUAGGGGGGUCUUGGGACAGGUCUUAGGGCUCUUUCUGAGAAAGCGCGAGAGGGGGGCGGGGCAAACGACCAACGUGUGACCUCCGUUCACCGGUCUCCGAGAGGUUUUUGAGACGUUUCUGAGACGCGUUGAGAGGUUUUUCUGAGGGUCCCCGUAAAACAUGCUGUGUCUCGCCGCCGCGUCUCUCCUCUGCGUGUCCGCGUGCCUGCUCGCGCUCCCUCCCCGCACGAGCGGGCUGCUGCGCGUGGACGUGGACGUGCUCGUGCUGCUGCCGCGCAACAACACGUACAUUUUCUCGGCGUCGCGCAUCGCUCCGGCGCUCGAGUACGCGCGGCGGCGGCUCUCCGCGGGGCCGUACGCCGGCGUCAACUUCACGCUCCGCUACGAGAACUCCAACUGCGGCAUGGAGGCUCUGUUCGCGCUCGUGGACUCGGCGCGUGGCGAGCGGCCCGACCUGGUGAUGGGUCCCGUGUGCGAGUACGCCGCCGCGCCGGUGGUGCGCGUGGCCUCGCACUGGGACAUCCCGGUGGUGUCGGCAGGUGCGCUGGCGUCCGGCUUCAGCCACAAGCAGCCCGAGUACGCGCUGCUCACGCGCAUCGCGCCCAGCUACCUGAAGAUGGGCGAGACGUUCGCCGCGAUGUUUCGGCACUUCGGCUGGCAGGACGCGCACCUGAUCUACCACGACGACAAGGAGGAGCGGAACUGCUACUUCACCACCGAGGGGGUCCACCUGCUGCUGGACGGAGACUACGAGACCACUGCCUUCGCCCUGGACCCCAAAGAGCCGCUGGCGCACCUCGACGAGCUCUUCAAGAUCAUGCUCAACCACCAAGUGGUGAUCAUGUGCCUUCAUGCAGAUGCAGUACGAGAAGUCAUGCUAAUGGCCCAUCGGCGAGGAUUAACCAACAGCAACAGGCUCUUCUUCAACAUCGAGCUAUUCAACUCCUCCUCCUAUGGUGAUGGAUCUUGGAGAAAAGGAGACAAGCAUGACUACGAGGCCAAAGCAGCGUAUGCCUUCCUGAACACCGUCACUCUGAUGAGGUCCACCAAGCCCGAGUUUGAGGAGUUCUCUGUAGAGAUGAGGAAGUCUCAGAGGAAGAAGGGAGUCGAUGUGUGUGAAGGCUGCAAUGAUGUCAACGUGUUUAUGGAGGGGUUCCAUGAUGCUUUACUGCUGUAUGCGAUUGCUUUAGAGGAGGCAAUGAAAAGCGGUUACACUAAGAAGAACGGAACAGAGAUCUCACACAGAAUGUGGAACAGAACAUUUGAAGGCAUUGCUGGCCAGGUGUCUAUGGACGCCAACGGUGACAGAAACGGAGAUUUCUCUGUGAUGAGCAUGACAAACCAUGAAACUGGAACCUAUGAGACUGUUAUGAACUACUACGGCACGAAUGAAAGUAUCCAGAUCCUGCCAGGAUUCAACACUGAACGCUUCUUUCUACGAGAUGCACCUCGGCCUUCUACUCCAGAACCCCCCAAAGAAUCAUCAGGUGGACUAGGUUUAUCAGCAGCGACUGGAAUAAUAGUUGGAGGACUUCUUGGAACGGCACUACUUUUGGCAUUCUACUUUUUUAGGAAAAAUUACAGAAUAACCAUUGAAAGGAGGACACGACGGGAACCGUGCGAUGGAAAGCACCGUCAGUUACGAGAAGACUCCAUCAGAUCCAACUUCUCAGCAGCGUAGGCUUUACCAGACCGCCAGACUCGCACAAGUGGCAGUCCAGGUCUAGGAAGGUGUCUGUCAGAUGGGUCCAAAGACUCAAAAAAAACGCCAUCCUAGAGUCCUGAAAUAUUUAAAGACAUACUGUAGUGUUUUUAUCUUGUAAAUGUCUCUUGUUCUUGACUUUCGUAAACUCAGGAAAGUUGUAUUAAUUAAGGAGAGCUGCUUCUAAGGCUUCUUGAAGAGGAGGAGAGGAGAGGAGAGGAGAGGUCUGUCUCGGUUCAACUGCAGGCCUUGCGCUUUUUCAACAAGCUAGCCUUGAGAAGGAAUUUUUAAAGGCCCUUUAUUUGUACAGGCUAGUCAACUGAAUCAUGCUCAGUUUGGAUCAGCACAGACUGGCAACAAUGAAUUAGGGGUGUAUCAGUGAUGCUGAUGAAUGGAGAGGAAGCGGUUUGUUGAAGAUGGAAUGUUUUCCUACUCUUGCCUUGUUAAAGUAAAGCUGAGGGGUGAGAAUUAAAGAACGCUUUAUCUUGGGGGUUCAGUCUGUAGUUUUGGAGCAGAAGAACUGAUCAGCACUGAUCAUCAGCAUUGUGAACUGUAAGAGCGGGACGAUAUUAAGCUUUUAUGUAAUAUUACAAACUUAAAACGCAUACAUUACUGUUAUAGGGGAUGAGAUUACUGAGAUCAGUGAUGCAGCUCAGAGAAGCAGUCUUCACUUACUCAGAAUCUAAACUAUAGAGGCCAGUCUGUCCACUGAUAUGGGUGAGUGAGGAGGUGAGAAAAUAUGGAUAUGAUUAAUAACAGAAUUUCUCUUCAGAAAUGUUUUUUUGAAAAAAAGCUAUGUUUAUAAGUAGAAUUUAUAUUGCACAUGUACAUUUUUGAAAAAAAAAAUCAUCUGUAUCUAAAUUUACUAUGUCAGGAAAUGUUUAUUAAUACACUCGAUUUAAUUCUAUAUGAAAUAUAAAUAUAUAUAUAUAUAUUUUCCAUGUGUCAAUUAUAGAUGUUAAAAUGUGAGAUCCUACAUUUAAACUGUCUUCUAGGUUUGUGCAAACACAUUCUAGGAUUUUAUUCAAGGUUAGUGUGAUGGAAAUGUGUACUGAUGUAAGUAAAUGUAUCUACGUAAGAUGUGAUGUUAUUUAUUGAGGUUUUUGUAGAGCUUUCAGUUUCCUUAGUUGUUGAUUUUAAUAUUGUUUCUAUUCCUCGUGUGGAACAUACAGAAUCCUUUUUUUAAAGAGAACAGUUUCUGCCUUUCCAGAGCGUAUUUUGCUUGAUGAUUGUGUACAUGGCUUUGUAAACAAACACAGGCAGAACUGUAACUUAUUUAUAUUACCAGUACAUAUUGACCAAUAAACAAAAUUAAAUUACCCA